GCUGUCAACGUUGUAUUCUCGUAAUUUGACGUUUGUUUCAACGAAAAGAAGGAAGUGGGCCGUGUUUUCACAAUAACUACUUCGAGAAUAUUGUCGAAAUCGUUUAUUCCUGUGAAUUAGUGUACUAAAAAGCUGCAAAACGGGACCAAACUUAUAUAAUUAACAAUGGCGAACCUGAAAACAGAUUUAGAUCAAUACUUACUGAAGAAUGAAAGUCGUCGGAGCUACAAUUUUAGUUUACCAUCGUUCUCUACUCCAAGUUUUAUGACUCGGAGUACGGAAGAGAGCCCAAGUACUGCGAGCAGUACCGCUUCGUGGUUUGAAAAUGUACAAAAGGAAUAUUUCACACUAAGCAGAACACAGCGGUUUAUGGGCUUUGGUAUAUGUUUAUUCUUUGGAGUGCUAUGUUUCAUUCUAUCAUUCCUGUACAUUCCCAUACUGCUGCUGCAAGCUCGCAAGUUUGCACUGCUCUUCACUCUAGGCAGCAUGUUCUUCAUUAUCAGUUUCAGCUUCCUCUAUGGGCCGUGGAAUCACCUGAAGUCAAUGUUCAGUAAGGAGAGGGCUCUCACUACCUCUCUGUAUUUACUGACUCUGAUAGCCACAUUGUACUGUGCACUACACCUGCAAAGCACACCGUGGACUAUAGUAUGUGCAGUGCUGCAAGUCGUCGCCCUACUGUGGAUGAUGAUGGGCUCCAUCCCCGGAGGCUCCUCUGGCAUGAGGUUCUUCGGAAGCAUGUUCAAGUCAUCAGUGUCCAACACCCUACCCAUUUAACAUUAUACCUACACAAGAACUGCAAUAAUAAUUAAGUUUUGAUAUGAAUAAUUAAGAUGUUAUUUUUAUAUUUGAUAGAAAAUAAAAUGGUGAUGUUUGAAUGUACUCUAGUUAAUCUGGUUACUCAGUUACUGUUUACUGUUGCCAUUACUUCCAGUUACAAUAAUACUUAAAGUAUGUUAAAGUAAUAUCUACUGCCUCAUUGGUCUACUGGCUGCUAGCACUUUUGCUGAUCAUGAGAUUACAGGUUUGACAUUUUGAAUCCCAUGUUGGAGAUAGUAGGAUUUAUGGAGCAUUUGUCUAAGUGUAAUGGUAGUCCUUUAAACUUUUUGGGGUGCUUUUGUAUGAAUAGAGUUUGACCAUAAAAUAAUUCCAAAUAACUAUAUUAAUUCUUAAAUAAUAUGAGGCUGGGACUAUACCUGGGCAUUAUACUACUUUAUAAAAAUAUUGGUUAUCAUUUAACAUGACUGGCAUCUAGCCAACAAAACAAUAAAUUGAAUAAGAUCCCACACUUUUUCUUUAACAUAGGAAUUUCAAAUGAUUCUUGGUGCUCCACUACAGUUCACUAGAGACCUGCUGCAAAUUUCGGCUUUCUAGCUAAUUUCUAACUUGUAAAGAAAAUUUCAAAUGUGUAUAAUCUAGGAUUGAACUUAUGAAUAUAUAUGGAAAUUGUAAGUUUCUAAUGUACCAGUUCAUUAGGUCAAUGUACUACUGCAUUGCCCCAGUUCUGACUUACGAGGCCUUGUUUAUGAAAUUAGCAACUAUUAGCAUGCAUGUAAGAAUUUCCUUGUGGUAAAUCGCGUGAGUACGUCUUUAAUUAGUAAUUUAUGCUUUUAUUUAGUUUAAAUAUAUGUGUACUUUUGUUCCUAUUUGGCAAUUGUGGUGGUUCGUUAGUCAAAAAUAAUUAUACAUUUUAAAAUAGUCACACUAACAUUCAUUGAUUUUUUUAUAUCUACUUUUUAUUCACUUAUUUGAUAGCUGUGAGAAAAUAAUGCGUUACUUAACUGACACUAUAAAAAUUAACUACGUAGAUGGAACCAUUCCCAUUAUUUAAGACAAAUAACGAAAUCUUUUUAUAGUAUAACUAAUGAAUUUUGCAAUGUGAUUAGAAACCUAAAAAUAUUAUCUAAUCUUCAAGAUUGUUUUUAUACUUAAGACUAAUUUAAGACUUCAAUAAAAUUGGUGAAAUGUACUUUGUACUAUAUAAGUACUCCAUAAUUAAAAUUAAAUAUAUUUUUGCCUUUUUUUAUAUUUAUCUCAGUUAGAAAUAGAAUCUAAUCUAAAAUCUGUUUGCAACACUAAUUUGUUUAGUUUUCAACAUUCGCUUACUUGUAACUUGCUAUAUUUUUUAUAAAUAAGUAUAUAUUUUUUUAUAUACUACAUUUCAUCGAAUUGAGACCCUUGUAAUCAUCAGGUGUGAUUGUACACCAAUAUGUCAGCCAACACAGCACAUAUCUGCAUACAUUCUGUGAUAUCUAUUAAUUAAUAAAAUACUUUUGUCAGCUGAACAACUUUAUACUUGUAUCAAAAACUUUAAGUAUAGAUAAUUUUAGUGUUUUAUUUAGUACCUAUCUAUCAUACGAUUAUUAUAUUAAUACUGCCUUGGUAUUAUUAUAACAAGUACCUAACAUUAUUUGUCAAUAAUAUACUUACGCGCUCAAACAAUUUGAAACGUGAUUACAUACAUACGAUAAAUAUUUUUUGUAAAAAAACCUUUUACAAUUUCAAUUAUACUUGGGAUUUUUA